AUGGCUGCUUGGGCAUAUCCUUCUCUUCCUCCUAACCAUCUGAAGGAGAGAGAGGAACAGUCGUUAUCUCGAGAAUUGGAAUGGCUUUUGAACUCUUUACAAGGGACGCUUGCUUCUUUACGGGACGGGCUGCAAGAGUGCUACGCUCUUCUCACGCCGAACGACACAGGAUCUACACUCGUGCUUUCCUCAAUGCGAUCAGAGUGCGUCAAGGGUUUUGUGACAAGGAUGGGCUCGAAGAUUGUUAAAGGAGAUGUUCAACUCCGUUUAAAUUCCUUACCUCACCCACGCGGCUCGCCGUCGACUCGACUUUGCCUUUCGUCCAACCCGGCUGCUCCUGAGCUUGUUCUCGGCCAACUCUCAUCUGUUCGUCGUCUCAUAAAUGAUAGCCUCGAUAUUGUGGAUAUUAGCACAUAUACUGGGGAUCCAAAGAAUGCAAAUUUUAUAGCAGGUCAGCUAAAGCUCCUUGGCGAUAAUUUAGCUGAAGCCAGACAAACAUUGAAGGGGGAUGGAGAAGGGAUUAAGCAGCCAUGGUUUGAAGACAGUGCUCAUGAGAAGAGCUUUGAUCCACCACUUCCGCCUUACCUCUCAUUUCACCUCUCAAUUUCAGAGGCUGCACUCGUGCUCUAUCUUCGCACUCUCGAACCCACAUCAACAGAAUCCGUUCCAGCGGCGUCUUUCGCACCAAACAUUUCUUUAGGCGGGUUCUCUUUACGGGAUCAGCUUUUUGGUGUGAAACAGCCCACUCAUGACGAAACUGGAGAUGUAUUCCAAUGGCAUGGUGAAGAAGUAACGGUCCAAGAAAAAGUCAGGGUGGAGAGUCAAGACCCCAGCCUUUUAUCUGCCAUGGCAAAAAUCUCUGCACUCGAACAUGAAGUUGCAAGGUGGAGAGAAGCUCUUUCUAUCCUAAUGGGAGAUGAGAGUGACUAA